UACUGCUUUUUAAUGUACCCUGUUGUAAAACUAAGGACAUACCGAAAUAAGUUGACAUACUCCUUAGAGAACCUCUGCAUACCUCCAGGGUACCCCUGACGGAGAACCACUGCUCUACACAAUUAAACAGCUCUGAAGCUAGCUGAGGGUGUCUACUGCACUGUAGACAUACCCAUCGUUUCUAUUUUCAUCAUUCCUACUUUCCAUCUUUUAUUAACUAUAUUGCUCCCUCUUUAUACAUCAGCAUUUAAAAAAGAACACAAAGAUACAUUUUUACAGUGUCUGAAGAUUAAUAAAAUAAACCCAAACACUACAGAAACUUCUUGGUGCCCAUUCACAAGUAAUGAAAAAGCAAAUUAAAACCCUUGUGCCUCAUCUUUUCAAACGUGCAAAAUCAGUAAGUUUCUACAAGGAAACUUCGGGCAGCCCUUCUCAGGAAUGGGCCCUGGCAACGCACUUCUCGGGUGCCCAGCAGAAAACAGUAACUGACACACGCAAAAUUCCUAGUUCUUCCUCCCAGGCCGCUUAGCUGUUUUCUUUAGCAAUUUCUUUGAGGGAUGGGCUGCGACUUCUACACCACCAAAGCCACUGUCAGCUCGCAAAACGCCGCGAGGAUCGGAGUCUCCUGGGGCGGCUCCCGCAUGAGAUGACCCAGCAGACCCCCCCACAGCCCAAGCGGCUCACUACAUUGUGCAGCGAGAGUCAGGCUGCGCCAGCGGGGCAGUGACACGCCAGAACUCGGGGCCCGCCCGACCCCAGGUGGGGUGUGGCGGACAGGCUCAGCCAGCACGACCGCCCGCGCACGCGAGUUCGGGGUUACGCAGGAAUAUGUAAAUUAGCUCAGGCACGCAGCACUUGGAUAAACGGUUAGCGCGAGAGCGAGGCCCCAGCUACCUAAGCGCGUGCUCCCAAUGAGUGGCUCCUCCCGCCCCGCGUGAGCCCAUGGCUCUCCCUGCCAUAGACGCCCCCAGCCCUAGCCCAGGAUCACACCCCCACCCUGGCCCCGGAAGAAGUUGUGGGGCUGGCCCCGGAAGUUGUCCCGGGCAGAGUCCGGCCCAGAGCGAGGCCCCGCUGCUGCAGCUAUCAAGAGUUGCAGUUGUUCCCGGGGCUGUGGAAGGACAGAGCGCCGUGGUCUCCCCGCCCCCGGAGGCUCGGCCCGGCCCGGUCCCGCCCCUGCCGGUUUCGCAGCCAGUCCUGGGUUCAUGGAGAACAUAACUCUUAAGGAGUUCAUUGCUAUGGGCCAGCUCCAAGAGGCUUGCCUGCACAGCCAGCAAUUACUGAUCAAGUGGUUGCUAAUGUGAGAAGACAACAUGCCAUUUUGAAGUAUGACAGACGUCCUGAUGCUGCAGCAGAGGCUAGGAAUAUUAAUGGCCACAUCUAGAGAUUACAUGGUCUUCUAAAGAAGCCAUGGGUAGCUGCUGUAGCUGUCCAGAUAAAGAGACUGUCCCAGACAACCAUCGAAACAAGUUUAAGGUCAUUAAUGUAGAUGAUGAUGGUAAUGAACUGGGUUCUGGCGUAAUGGAACUUACAGAUACGGAGCUAAUUUUACACACCCGUAAACGGGAUUCCGUAAAAUGGCACUACCUCUGUCUCCGUCGCUACGGCUAUGAUUCAAAUCUCUUUUCUUUUGAAAGUGGUCGACGAUGUCAAACUGGACAAGGAAUCUUUGCCUUUAAGUGUGCUCGUGCAGAAGAACUAUUUAAUAUGCUACAAGAGAUCAUGCAGAACAAUAGCAUAAAUGUGGUAGAAGAACCAGUAGUAGAAAGGAAUCAUCAUCAAACUGAGUUGGAAGUUCCAAGAACCCCUCGAACACCCACCACUCCUGGGUUCAGUGCACAAAGUUUACCUAAUGGGUAUCCCAGAUAUCCCUCCUUUGGAGAUGCUUCAUCACAUCCUUCCAGCAGACAUCCCUCUGUAGGAAGUGCACGGCUUCCUUCAGUAGGUGAAGAGUCAACACAUCCAUUGCUUGUAGCAGAGGAACAAGUGCACACCUAUGUCAACACUACUGGUGUACAAGAGGAGAAAAAAAAUAGAUCAAGUGUGCAUGUACCGCUGGAAUUAAGGCUUUCUACUAUUGAAACAAGCAAGACAACAGAAGAUCAAAAUUGCACUGAUGACUCUGAUGCUCAGGUUCUUCUGGAGCCUGAAGGAGUCAAAUUUGUUUUAGGACCAACACCUGUUCAAAGACAAUUAAUGGAAAGAGAGCAACUGGAGCAACUUGGGAGAGACCAAGUUAGUGGCAGCAGUACAAACACCUCUGAAUGGGACACUGGGUACGACAGUGAUGAACGUAAAGAAACACCUUCUGGUAAUAAACUCGUGUAUGAAAAUUUAAAUAGGUUAUCAAUCCCUAGUGCCUCAGGAGUCAGGAGAGGUCGUCUGACAUCAACAAGUACCUCAGAUACCCAGAAUAUUAACAACUCUGCUCAAAGGAGAACUGCAUUGUUAAACUAUGAAAACUUGCCAUCUUUGCCUCCUGUUUGGGAAGCCCGCAAGCUAAGCAGAGAUGAAGAUGACAAUUUAGGACCAAAGACUCCGUCUCUGAAUGGCUACCACAAUAACCUAGAUCCAAUGCAUAAUUAUGUAAAUACAGAGAAUGUAACUGUGCCAGCAAGUGCUCAUAAAGUAGAAUUUACACGACGUCGGGACUGUACACCAACAGUCUUUAACUUUGAUAUUAGACGUCCAAGUUUAGAACACAGGCAGCUCAAUUAUAUACAGGUUGACUUGGAAGGUGGCAGUGACUCUGACAACCCUCAGACUCCAAAAACUCCUACCACUCCACUUCCACAAACUCCAACCAGGCGCACAGAGCUGUAUGCUGUGAUAGACAUUGAAAGAACUGCUGCUAUGUCAAGUUUGCAGAAAGCACUGCCACGAGAUGAUGGUACGUCUAGAAAAACUAGACAUAACAGUACUGACCUGCCUAUGUGAGCCCAGGAAACGUUAAAUCAUUUGCACCUUUUGUGAAGUUUAUAAAAUUGAAGAUGCAAAUUCUUCAUGUGCAUUUUUUAACACUAAUGCCUUUUAUAGAGUAAUAGACUUUUUCUGAAUACUUCAUGUGCUUGUCUAACAAAAGGGAAAUAAUGUAGAGCAGGUACUCAUUAAAUGACACCAUUUUAUUCUACAGUAAUAGUAAUUGCUGUGUAGAAGCAUUGCCACUUUUCACAGUGCCUCUUUACUUGGUUAGAGUUGGAGUGACUGCCAGUUCUGAAGUUAUCAAUAUUCUGGCCAUGUGCCUAUAGUCAUUAAUGGCAUUUGUAACACUUUAUAAAGCCUCUUGAUGUGCAUUACUAGCUAAUAGUCCUAAUCUUGCAAGGUUGAUAUUUGUACCUUCACUCUCUUCAUUCAUGUGGCCUCCUCCAAAUAUGAGAGAGUAAUUCAUUAUUCAAUCAGUUUGACUUACAUGAUAUAGUUUGGCUCACGUGAAGGGAUAUAAACACCACGCUUCCUCGUAUGUAUGUCAGUUCAUUUUUUGAAGUCAUUUGGACAAACUUCAGAUUCUUGAAGGUUUUUUUUAAUUUCUGUAACAUUGAGGGGUUACAUCAAGUUCACUUGGUCAGAGCUGGAGUUGGGUCUGAAAUAAGCCAUAAGUCAUUUCCCCUAGAAAAGGUUUCCAAGUGAUAGUACCAGAACAGUUUUACAGAAUUUUAAUCUGAGUUUUCUGAAGGAAUACACAGGUUGGUUGUAUCUGUGAUUUUAAGGUGUUCUUUAAUUUCAUAGUUCUGCUUACCUUUCCAUCUUCAUGUGUGCGAUGUCAUCUUUGAUCUAUUCUUUAAUAUCUGUAGGUUAAGAACAGUCAAGUUUUUGUGCAUAACUUUUUAAUUAUUGUUUAGGAUUUUUAUGUGUGUUGCUCCUAUUCAGUCUGCACAUUGUCAAAGACAAAUCUCUUGAAGAUCCAGUGGGAACUUUUUUACUUAAUAAGGUUGCCUUUGUCCAGUGUGGUGGUGUUUUUACUUUUUAUGUCUGACAGAAACAUCCCAAAAGUGUUAGUGUCCAGCAGCAUACAGCAUUGCACAAGUGGAAAGGUAUAUUAUGCAUUUUUGUCUUCCUCUGAAGCAUCAAAUAUAGGUCACCAUGGGAGGCAAGGUAUUGCAUUUGGUAGUUCAGUGUGACAAACCCUAAAUUUACAGUUUGGAUCUGUAGUUGAUGUACUUGGAUUUAGAGAGAAUUAGUUACUUACAAUAUGUAGAGAAUUUUUUGAAGGUAAUAUCUAUGGGCAUACAUAUUUUCCCUUUUGCAGCUAGUUAACUCAGUUACUCUAAUGGCUUAACUGCUGAUUGAUGUUAUGGUACAUCCAGGUAGAAUGCAUCUGCUGAACAUGCCAGGUAUGCCCUUGACAGUCCCUUGUUCUAUACUGAAUAUUAAUAGAAUUGAUAUCAGUACAGCAGGUGCAGUGCAGGACCAGGAAAAAAAACAGAUUAAGCUUGAGCCUGUGGAACUAACCGUUACGUGAACUGGUGUAAUGCAUAAUAAUCCUUGAGCUGUGGGCGAGAAAAAUCACAUGCAAGAAACCAGGGGGGAAGAGACUCAAAAAAUGCUUAGGGUCCUCAUGUAAUAUUGAGCUUUCAUUUAAAACGUAACACUAUUUCCAGUCCUUUGAAUUGUGUGGAGGGCGUUCCUGUUUUCCUAUUAAAUUUUCCUUUUGUCUUCAGCCAGAUAAAUAGUAGGAAGAGUGAUAGCUGAAAUACAUUUUUCUUGUUCACACCAGUGAGAUAAUGGCAGCCUCAUUUAUAUAGGUCAGGCUUUUUUAUCCUGAAGGAUUUCCAGUGUUUUUUACAAAUUUUAUAAUACCGAAAUGCAUCUAGGCGCACAAUCAAUACACUUCACAGUAGUAAGGGAACAGGCAUCUUAGCUGAGACAAUUGUAAGAAAACUUCACUAAAACCUUUUCCAUAAUCAUUUCACUAUUAGUCUGUGCACUUGUAUGCAUUUUUUUUGUGAUUUAGGUGCUCGAACAGGUGAGGGACUAAUAGCAUUCACUAGAAUCGGAGGUAGUGCAAAUGCAUGGUGCUAUAAGUGUCCCUUGCUCCACCCUGACAUUGCACCUCUGUCGUGAUUUGCAACACAUCAUGCAUAUACUAAUCCUGGGUCUGUCUUGAAGCGUUAUUACCAAUUGUUGCAAACUGUGUGGUGGAUGUGUGAAGGUGGGCUAGGAACUAGAAUCAGACCAACAAACUCUUGCUAAUUUGUAAACUAAGACAAGAUUUCAGCAUACAUUUCAAGCAGUUAAAAGGCUAGAACACUUAACUCACCAGCUAUCUUAUCUAGAGAUUUAUAUGGCCCUCAUCACCAUAAUAUUGGAGUGUCUCAGUCAUUAAUGUAUUUUGUCCUCAAACACCCUGUAGAGUAAGGAAGUACUGUCCCCAAUUUAUGGGUGUGGGAACUGAGGCCCAAGUAAACUAUACAUGACUUGCUGAAGGUCACAUAGAAGGUCUGUGGUUGAGCCAGGAAUUCAACCCAGCUCUCCUGAGUUUUAGUCCAGUGCUCUAUCCACUAAAUCAUCCUUCCUAUCCAACACCUACCAUGGACCAUUCAGAAUAACGUUGUUGCCAACUCUUGCAAUUUUAUGAGUGUUGUUUUUCUUAAAGCCGUAGAUCCUGGAGUCAUGUGAAUACUGCAAAAAUCUCACUUUUUUUUCUCUCCCCUUCCCUCCCUGCCCAAAUAAAGCUAAAUUUCUUGCCCUUGGGGAGAAAAGAUUGAAAAUGUGAUCCCUAAAGGAUCAAAAACCAGAAGACAUCUAAAAAGAAGCCAAAGCCAAAUCCAAUCUUGAUUUUUUU